GGGCCUUUUGCCUUACUUCUGGACUUCUAAUUUAAAAUUGUGAGGUUUUGCCUUUCCUCUCUGUUUUUCCUCUGUAUUUUUCCUCUCACCCAUGAAAAAAUGUUACAUCCUCUUUGCCACCAUCACCGUUCUUUUUCUAUCCCAUCCAGACCCCUGAUUCCACCUCCUUUACUCACACCCCAAUACCCUAAAACCACCCAAAAACCCCGCAAAGAUAUUUUCCUUAUCCGGAGCUCCAUAACCCGUUCCGAAAAUCAAACCCUUCCUCAAUCAGCCAUCCAACGUAUUGCUGACAAGCUCCGAUCACUUGGAUUCUCUGAAACCCAAAACCCGGAACCUGAAUCCAAACCUGGGUCCGGGUCCAGGUGCGAUUCCCCUGGAGAAAUCUUUGUCCCUUUACCAGAGAAGUUACCCAAGUACCGGGUUGGACAUACCAUUGAUACAAGCUGGACUACGCCGGAGAACCCAGUUCCGGACCCUGGUUCGGGUCCGGGGAGCUUGAUGGUGCGGUUCAGGGACAUGAAGAGGGAGAGGAAGAAAGUGGGAAGGGUGAAGGAGGAGAGAGUGGUUCCUAGUUUGGCGGAGCUGAAGCUGUCGGCGGAGGAGCUAAGACGGUUGAGGACGGUUGGAAUUGGUGAGAAAAGGAAGUUGAAGGUUGGGAAAGCGGGGAUUACAGAGGGAAUUGUGAAUGGGAUUCAUGAAAGGUGGAGAAGGAGUGAGGUGGUUAGGAUUGUUUGUGAGGAUAUUUGUAAAAUGAAUAUGAAGAGGACUCAUGAGGUUUUGGAGAGAAAAACUGGAGGGUUGGUUGUUUGGAGAUCUGGAAGUAAAAUAAUAUUGUAUAGAGGGGCCAAUUACAAGUAUCCUUAUUUCUUGGCUGAUAAAAUCGAAACACAUGACACUUCUUCCAAUGCUUCACCACAUACAAACAUGGAUAAUGAGGAACGCCAUAAAACAGAAAGUUGCUCACCUGAAUUCAAUGGUGUAAAAAUUUCAACACCAAAUGCACCCAACAAAAUGACUAAACCAAUGUUAAUUCAAGGCGUUGGUUCUCCAAAUAGAGUAAGAUUUCAGCUGCCAGGUGAGGCAGAACUUGUUGAAGAAGCUGAUCGCUUGUUAGAUGGACUGGGUCCAAGGUUUACUGACUGGUGGGGUUAUGAGCCUCUUCCAGUGGAUGGUGAUCUCCUACCUGCAAUUAUUCCCGGAUACAGGAGACCCUUCCGCCUUCUUCCUUAUGGUGUGAAGCCAAUCCUGACAAAUGAUGAAAUGACCACUUUAAGAAGACUUGGCCGGCCCUUACCUUGUCAUUUUGCAUUAGGAAGAAAUAGAAAACUUCAGGGAUUGGCUGCAUCCAUUGUCAAGCUCUGGGAAAAAUGCGAGAUUGCCAAAAUUGCUGUUAAGAGAGGAGUGCAGAACACUAAUAGUGAAUUGAUGGCAGAAGAGUUGAAGUGGCUGACCGGAGGAACUUUGCUUGCACGAGAUAAGGACUUCAUUGUCUUAUAUAGAGGAAAAGAUUUCCUGCCUUCUGUUGUUUCUUCUGCAAUAGAAGAGCGGAGAAAGCAAGUAAUUCAUGUGGAGAAACAGAGUGCAAAAUGUAGCCAAUCAUGGAAAACUGUGCAGAGGGUCGACAGUGAGUGUACUAAAAGUGGCUCUGAAAGUGAAAUUAAUAGUGCCAAGGAUCACAGAAGCAAUAUCUUUGGUGACCGAAAGAACAUGAAGUCUGCUGAAGCAGCUAUUAGAAAGACUAGCUCAAAGUUAUCUAUGGCAUUAGAGAAGAAAGCAAAGGCAGAGAAACUUCUAGCGGGGCUGGAACAGGUGGAGAUCCCUCAACAAUCUGAAAUUGAUAAAGAGGGUAUAACUCAAGAAGAAAGAUAUAUGCUUAGGAAGGUUGGCUUGAGAAUGAAGCCUUUCCUCCUAUUGGGUAGACGGGGAGUAUUUGAUGGAACAGUUGAGAAUAUGCAUCUUCAUUGGAAGUACAGGGAACUUGUGAAGAUAAUUUCUAAGGAGACAAAUGUUGAAGAGGUUCAUCAAGUGGCACGAAUAUUAGAGGCAGAAAGUGGUGGAAUAUUAGUGGCUGUGGAGAGAGUAAGCAAGGGUUAUGCAAUCAUCGUUUAUCGUGGAAAGAACUAUAAGCGACCUACUUGUCUGAGACCUCAGACACUUCUUACUAAAAGAGAGGCAAUGAAGCGCUCUCUAGAGGAACAGCGUCAUAAGGUAAAGUUGAGUUAUCUUGUUGUGUAUGCAUCCUACACUUUUUCUAUAGUUUGCAGCCUCAGGAAAAAAAAGACUUCUGGAGGAAAAGGAAAAGAAAGGAAGCACCUUCAACAGAUUUCUUUGAAACUACAUAUUUUGAAGCUUACCAGAAACAUAAAUGAAUUGAAACACCAAUUAGUUGUAGACAAGGAGGCAAGUAGCAUACAAACUGCUGAGCAAUCAAGAUUGCGAUUGGUGGAAGAGGAAAUGGAAGCUAUACAGCCAGUCGAAUGUGCUAGAUCAGAUAUUGAAUUUCCUGCAUCUCCAGGAGGGCAUGCAAAGGCUAGAGACAAAGAUGGAUCUGAUUCUACUUUGACGAAAAAUGAUAGAAUGGUUGCCGCAAUAAGUAUUCGCCAGCCCUCUGAACAAGAGCUUGUGGAACCAUCUUCAAUACAUGAUGGGAUUAAGACUCAUAAAGCAGAAUCUGGGACUUUGGCAGAAUCUGUGAACAGAAGAAAACAUAAGACUGAACUGAGGGCUUUGCAUGCUCAAGUUGAAAUGGUUAACUCCACAUCAUACCCUGAUAACAUUAGGGAGGAAGAAAUUGGCUGUUCUGGUACUGCUAAUGCUGAGCCACUUGUUUCCAAUAAUGGGCCAAUGGAGUCAAUGCUUGAAUCAGUCAACAAUAAUUUGUAUGUUUCAACUUCAUCAGCGGUUGAAAAUGUGUCGAAUAAGAUGGCCUCAACAGUGAAGUUUCUUUCGAACAAAGACAGACUUCUUUUACGAAAGCAAGCUCUCAAGAUGAAGAAACGUCCUGUGCUUGCAGUUGGGAGGAGCAACAUUGUGACUGGUGUGGCAAAAGCAAUCAAGGCACACUUUCAGAAACAUCCUCUUGCUAUAGUGAAUGUGAAAGGAAGGGCUAAAGGGACUUCUGUGCAGGAGGUGGUGCUAAAGCUGCAGGAAGCAACAGGUGCAGUUCUAGUUUCUCAGGAACCUAGCAAAGUCAUACUGUAUAGAGGUUGGGGUGCCAGUGAUGAACUAGUCCAUGGUGAUAAGAGGAAUAUAAAUGAUACAUCAGUUCAGAAUCGGCCUGCUGUGUCUACUGAGCUUAUUGCAGCAAUCAGAUUUGAAUGUGGCUUGCAACUUCAGCCAGAGGAAGAGACAACCUGAUUUGCUGGAAUUUUUGAAGGUUAAAAAAGUAUUGCUGUUAUUGUUUAUUAGUUAAUUUUUCAUUAUGCAGACUUCAUUUUGAACACCUACUGAACAUGUAGGAGAAGGUCUUCAACUCAGAUGAUUAACAAUCAGCCUGUUAUUGAUAUCUUGUUAGGCAAUAACUUUUAGCAGGUGGUUCUAUCAGUACCAUGAACAGGCAGAUUAUUCAUCAUUCUUCCAACUUGGACAUAAGGAUGCUUGUCUAGGUCAAGUUGUCUUGAUACUGCUCUCUGCAUUCUCCACUCGUUUUCAUCGAGGAACAAGAUUGCGAGCUUAAAUCUUCAAAUAGGUCGGUGUGUUCUCACUGCUUUCAAACUAGUCACUUUAAAUGCCGUGUUGAUGACUCGCUUGAUGCUCUGCAUGUACAACAUCAGGGAUCUUGUUUAUGUCCCAUUGUCCUUGAAGCCAACAAUGAAUAUGGUUGACACUGUUAUUCAGUUAUUCUUGUUCAGUUAACAAGUCUACCUUCUGCCCUGUGUAGCAUUUUUGAAAGAUCAAGUCUAAGAUUGUACUAAUAUGUAAUUGUUGUAAUAAAAGUUUUCCUCGUUCAACUUCUUAGUUAUUCUUAAUCAUUGGCACAACUUCAAAUGUUGUUUGAUUAUGAUCAUUGCUCAAGGUUCUCAGCCAAUAGAUAUUGCAAGCAACUCCUGCCCUAAUUUGCGAAACAUCAUAUAUCAAGUAAAUGUACAAAAACUUACAGAUCCCCAAAGCUUUUCUAAUCUGGUGGUUAAUCAUUAUUUCUCAUGAGACACCAGCUGCAGAGGUCAUGUGUAACAGUAAUGAAUCCCAUAUUAACUAUGUUCUAUAGUUGUUUUUGAGAUAUAAGUGUUUAUAUCAUCUUCAAUUUGUAAGGUAUUUUUUGUGAGAUAAAAUCAUAGGUUUCAAUGAAUCAAAGUAGAUAAUAUCAGUUAGGUGUGGACUGUGAUAUUUAGUAUCAAAGCCGGCUAUAGGAUACUAGCAAUGUGUUGCAAGAAUUCUCGUUUAAUAAGAGAGGAUGUCGUGAUUUUAGAAAAGAGUUAUAAAUCUUACGUCAGUUGUGUACUAAAUUCUAUCUUGCAAUAUAAAUGUUCAUAUCAUUUUCAACUUAUGAUAACCAUAUUUUUGCCUGCAAUCCAAAUGAAAGUAUAAAGUAUGAUUAUUGUUUUAUUUUAUAGUGUCUGUGUUCCUGUCUUGCUACUAACUAGAUUAGUUUGUCAUUUAACCUCACUUUUAGAUAUUGCUACAUCUUGUUCUCUGUAUAUCAUCAUCGUCUAUUA